CUAGAAAAAUAAUACUGGAAAUGCAAAGCUCCUAAUGUAACAUUUGAUAGGCUUGUUUUUCUUUGCAGAGGAACUGGCCCUGGACUGAGAAGUCAUGUAGGAAGGUGACAGGUGGAUUCAGGAGAAACAAGCGCAAUGUCUGACGGCAAUGAUGCGUGGGAGUCACCCGGCUGUGGGACAAGGGAUGAGGACAAUAAAGACACAGGUGGAUUCUCCGAACAUGAACUCCUUGACAUCAUGUAUAAUACGUGUAAUACUUCCAGCACAGGAGAGGUGCUGGCCUCCACCAUCGUUCAGUACCUGCAGACUAUGACGGCUCAGAGUUCGGAGCAGGACAGACUGACCAGCCUGCGACGGCUGCUCGACCCAGAUUGUCAGGAUCUACACGUGAGCAGAGAGACUUUCCACUCCACCAUGAGGGAGUGGAUCGCACAGUGCAGCCAGGACAGGUGA